AUGUCUUACUCUCUCCAUCCUGCUAUCGACAACGGCUUUUCCAAGGGCAACGAGAACUUCUCCGGUGGCAAGCUUCACUGCCUCUGCAAAGAUAAGCCGGUUGAAGUCACGCUGGCUAGUAAUGUAUUACAUAACCAUGCCUGCGGGUGCAGCGCGUGCUGGAAGCCUAAGGGAGCUCUCUUCUCGAUUGUCUCUGUUAUCCCCGUCGACAAAGUGUCGGUGACUGCAAAUGGCGACAAGCUCCAGGUUGUGAACAAGGACGCAACUAUUCUGCGCCACGCGUGCAAGGAUUGCGGGGCACAUUUGUACGGACGCAUCGAGAAGGACCACGCGUUCAAGGGACUUGACUUCGUCCACGUCGAAUUGAGCGACCAGAAGGGUUGGCAAGAACCCCAGUUCGCGGGAUUCGUGUCCUCGAUUGCAGAACACGGCUUCCCCGAGGACAAGUUGGACGAGGUUCGCUCGAAAUUCAAGUCCCUCGGCUUGGAAUCCUACGAUGCCUUGAGCCCUCCACUCAUGCAGGCGCUCGCCGACUUCGCCGCGAAGAAGCCAUCGCUCUAA